AUUUCUGAACAGCCCAUCUCCCUCAAACAGGGACUUUGGACAGUGUACAAUAAAACAAAGCGUAAAACAGUGUAUAUAAAAGUUUAAAACAAUUAAGGGGAGGCAAGGGAUUAAAAUUACUUGAAAGGUUAAAGGCGGAUUAACCAGCCCCAUGGGUGAGUACUCCCCAGGGCUCCCACUGCAAGGCCGCAGAGCCACGUCUUCACUUGUUUUUGGAAAACCAAGAUAGUUGAGGGUUGUCUCACUGCCAGGGUAAGAAUAUUCCUCAGGGUGGGAGCAACAGCUGAGAACGGCUCUCUUCCUAGACUGCCAGUGGGAGUUCUUUAACUGACAGGGUCUGCAACAUACCUUCCCUGCCUGACCAGGUGGGAUGGGCUGAUGUAAUGGGACAAAAGCAGUUUCAUAGUUAGCCUAGGGCUAGGCCCAUGCCACAUAGGGCUUUGUGAGUCACAACGAAUACCUUGAAUUGGACCUGGAAGCAAACUGGCAGCCAAUGCAGCUCACGGAGCAUAGGUGUUAUAUUAUGUACCCUUCUUUGGAUCCCUAACAUUGGCUGCAUGGCCAUAUUUUGUACCAGCGUGGGGUAGUCGCAUGUAGAGCAUAUUGCAAUAGUCCAAGGGGAGAUGACCAGGACAUGAGUGAUCGAGCAGAGGUCCUCCCUAUCCAGGAAAGGGUAUAUUUAGCACACCACACAAAGUUGAGCAAAGGCCCUCUUGGCCACAGCUGCCACCAGAUUUUUGAGUGGGAACUGUCAGUCCAGGAUGAGCCACAGGUUACGCACCAGAUCUAUAUGGGAUAAUGCAACCCCAUCUAAGACCAAAAUUAAUAAACUCCUGGAUGCAGAACUCCUUAACUAAAGUCUAUUGUUUUCCAUCCAGGCCCUCACAGUCUCCAGGCAUUACAAAAGGGUGUCCACUCACUUCACCUUGGAUGGAGAUACGGUAUAUAAUUAGGUAUCAGGUGGUAGCUCAUUCUGUGUGGAUGAUUUCACACGGUGGUUUCAUGUAGAUGUUAAAAAGGAGUAAAGGGAGCCCUGUGGCAGCCCACAAGGCAGACACUGAGAGCUGGACCUCUCGCUCCCUAUCAACACUGGUUGGGAUUGACCUCGGAGGAAAGAGGUGAACCAGUGCAGAACUAUGCAUCCCACCCUGAACUCCCUAUGUCAGCCCACAAGACCAACAUAGUUCAUGGUAUUGAAAGCCACUGAGAAUUCAAGAAGAGAAAGGAUGGAUGUACCACAUCGAUCCUGCUCUUGCCAGAGGGCAUUGGUUACACUUAUGGAUGAUCUCUUGGAACCAUAUCCAGACCUGAAACCUGACUAAAAAGGGUCCAGAUAAUCCAUCUAAAAACUAUUUAAAAUAGUUUGGUGCUCUUCCAUAAGAGAGCAACACCUAAAUGGCUGUGUGAUGACCCAGGGCACGGCACAGAGAUAACACAAACAGCUGGAAGUUUAUACUGCCCCUUUAUUGCUCCAAAUCUCCCCAAACACUCCCACUUUCCUGGCAAGUCUCAGAGCAGAGUGAUAACAAACCCCCCCACAAACCUCAAGCAGCCUCUAGCUGCAAUUAGUCCAGCCCAGCGCUGUCUGCACUAAGGCUGCACAGCAAUAAAUCCGAAUGUAUUUGGCGAAUCAAGGAGUUCAGGGAGCAAAAGAUCCAGGUAAUUAGUCCAGAAUGCCAAAAGGAAUGCAGGGACUCUUGGCAAGUUCAAACGUUGGCACACAGCACUUCAGGAACUCAGUGUUUGUUCCCUCCCCACAGUGUUUGUUCCCUCCUUAAGUCUCAUUUCCCAGGUGUGCCUGGUGAAGUUGGGCGGGGCUCUCUCCUCCCGAGUAGCCUGCUCAGUCUGCGCUGAUCAUGCCUUCUCUGCACUCUGCGAGCUGUUGGAUCAGGAGGGGGUGGUCCUUGCUCCUCCUCUGAGCUCUGUCUCUCAUGUUCAUCCUGCCUCUGUUUCUGCCUGCCUGCAGGUCUUACUUAUUCCAAAAAGCCUUGCCUGGACUGACUCUGCCCUUCCUCAGUUUCCUCCAAGGCCAAGGGAGCUGCCCUCUCAAUUGCUGUCAGUUCUUGUUCCAGCUCAUCUUCCUCCGCAGAUUCAGACUCCGAAGGGGGCAUGACAAGCUGUUACAGAAUACUGAUCGGGUCUCUUGUCUUCUCCUUUGACCAGGCCAGAAUGGCUGGGGGCAGGGGGCAGGGUCCGUUGACUGAAGAUGAAAGCAGCCUAAUGUCAUCCCCGGACUCCAUCAUCAGUGAGGUGUCCUUGGUUGUACAACAAGACUUGUGACAGUGGAAGGGGGAAAAUAACACCAGAACAGCUAAAGAUAAGUUGAGGCUGCCUCUGAGGCAGGAUGGGGUGAGGCAAAGACUAUACAAGUGGUAGACAAACCGACUUUUGUGUGAAGAGCCACCAACCUUCCACGCCUUUUCAGAGCCACAAAGCCUAUUGAUGGGUCAGUUGGGGGGUUGCAUUGGGCUGCCUUUUUGUGCCAAAAUGGUUGGAUUCCAUUAAUCCCUUUCUUUGUAGAUAAGAACCUGCAGUUUGUGUUCAUGGCAAUGGGCAAUGAAGGUUUUGAAUGAGGAAAUUGGCCUAACCGAAACCAGUUGCUCCUCGGGGAACCCCAGUUGCUGUGCUCUCUGAUUCCCAAGGAGGUUCUGCCCAGGAUGGCGGGUCAGCAGGAGGAGACGGAGCCCCUCAAGAUUCCCCUGGAGCCUUUCACCAAGAAGUGCUCCAGCAAGACCUAUCAUAGCGCUGGGCACUCCCAGACUCUGCUGAAUGGCCUGGGGGCUCUUCGGGACCGCGGCAUCCUCUUUGAUGUUGUUCUGCAUGUAGAGGGGAAGACCAUUGAUGCUCAUCGCAUCCUCCUAGCUGCAUCCUGUGAUUACUUCAGGGGAAUGUUUGCUGGGGGACUCAGAGAAAUGGAACAGGAAGAAAUUCAUAUUCAGGGCAUAUCUUAUAAUGCCAUGUGUAAAAUCCUGAACUUCAUAUAUACUUCGGACCUGGAACUUGGCCUAAACAAUGUGCAAGAAAUUCUAGCUGCAUCCUGUCAGCUACAGAUCUCUGAGAUCAUCAAGUUCUGCUGUGAUUUCCUCAUGCUUUGGGUGGAUGAUGAGAACAUUGUGGACAUGUAUAGACUGGCUGAUCUCUUUGAUUUGUGUUACCUGACAGAGAAGCUGGAUUCCUACUUUCUGAAAAACUUUGUUACCCUCUCAAAGACAGAGACAUACCGCCAACUUCCACUGGAGAAGGUCUACGCUCUCCUCAACAGUAACCUCUUGGAGGUGAACUCUGAGAAUGAGGUCUACGAAGGGGCCCUCCUUUACCAUUACACGCCAGAACAACUGGAGACUGAUCAGGUUUCACUGAUGGAGCCUCCUAAGCUGCUGGAGACAGUCCGUUUUCCUCUGAUUGAGUUCCAAAUUCUGCAGAGACUUCACAACAAGUUAAGCUCCUGUCCGUUAAAGGAGACGGUAGCUAAUGCCCUAAUGUACCAUAAGAACGAGUGCCUCCAGCCGGUGCUUCAGAACAUGCAUACACACUUGAGGUCUGAGUUCCACUGUGUGGUAGGCUUUGGGGGGAUGCAUUCAACUCCAUCUACUGCCCUCAGCAACCAAGCCCGGUACUUGAACCCGCUUUUGGGAGAAUGGAGGCAUUUCACAACGGCCUUGUCUCCAAGAAUGUCCAACCAGGGAAUAGCUGUUCUCCACAAUUUUGUAUAUCUGAUUGGCGGAGAUAACAAUGUUCGAGGUUUUCGAGCAGAAUCCAGAUGUUGGAGGUAUGACCCAAGACACAAUAAGUGGCUCCAGAUCCAGCCCUUGCAGCAAGAGCACGCGGAUCUCUGUGUCUGCGUGGUGGGCGGGGCGAUCUAUGCGGUGGCUGGACGCAACUACCGACAGGACCUUCGGGAGGUGGAAAAAUAUGACCCCAAAACCAACAGCUGGGAAUACGUGGCUCCUCUACAGAAGGAGGUCUAUGCCCAUGCAGGAGCAGAACUGGAAGGCAAAAUCUACAUCACUUGUGGGAGGCGAGGAGAAGAGUACCUAAAAGAACUGCAGUGCUACGAUCCGACCACCAAUCGCUGGGACACCUUAAGCGACAGUCCCAUCAGGAGAGCCUGGCACGGGAUGGCUGCGCUGUUGGGAAGGCUCUAUGUGAUUGGAGGCAGUAACAAUGACUCAGGCUAUAGAAGAGAUGUUCACGAGGUUGCUUGUUAUACCCCAAGCAGUUCUCAAUGGACAACUGUCCGUCCUCUUCAUGCUGGGCACGGUGAGCCUGGCAUUGCUGUCCUGGGCCACAAGAUUUACGUCUUGGGAGGGAGAUCUCAUAACCGUGGGAUCUGCAUGGACUAUGUCCACAUCUACGAUGCCGAGAGAGACUGCUGGGAAGAGGGUCCCCAGUUGGAAGAUGACAUUUCCGGGAUGGCGGCCUGCAUCCUUACUUUGCCAAGGGCGAUUCUCACAGAGGGUGAAAUGGGUGUGUCUGACGGACAGCGCAAGAGAGUCCAGGAUUACUCGGGUGUGUCUGCUGAGGUCCUGAGAAUAUUAGAUUGGGAGGAAUUUGAGAGCAUGAAUGAUAAUUAGAUAUUAUUUUGGAGUCUGCUUUUCUUAUUUGGGCUGCCAUCAGAGCUCCACCAGCCUGGAGGAAGCCUGAUGCCAUUUAGUAGUAAUUGAGUAAAAUGACAGAGCGAAAGCCAUCGCAAGACGCAUUUUAAGGAACAGUUCAUUAAACUGAUGAAGGUUCUUUGAUGAGAAGGGAAACAUCUUCCUUAAAGAAAAACAUCGUCCAGUUGCCUUUUGCAAAAGCACUUUUGAGACAACCAUGACCUGGAUGAUUGACGAUAUCUCCAUAGAAUAGAUGUAUAGCUCAUUGCUUGGCCAGUGGAAAACCUGCAGAAAAAAUAUAGUAUAUGUCUUGGUCAAUCAGCCAGUCUUCAAAUUAUUUGCUGACUAAAACAAAUCUCAGAAGUUUAACAGUAAAACAGAUGCAUCAAGUUAACUAGGUAAAAGCUUGCCGUGCUGCUUAAUUCAUCACCGAAUCUGCAUUAAAGAUUGUUUGGCAUAA